UUACAUAAAUCCGUCACAAAGAUUUGAAUUUGAGGUUAUGACAAUUUUACUUAUAUAUUAGUUACGUGUCAUUGUGGGUGAAAGAAUGGGAACAGCCUCUACUACAAAACAGCUACUUAAAAAGCUGACGUCUUGCGUCUACGUUUUCUCCGGGGGAAUCGGUCUGUUUUCUGCUUACAACAUAUACAAUGAAAAUGAGAAGUUUUACGAGGCGAUUGUAUUACCAGCGGUUCACAAGCUCAAUCCAGAGACAGCUCAUAAUCUGGGAGUGAUCACGUCAAAAUACAAAUUACUUCCAAAGACGAAAUAUGUGGACGGAAAUUCUCUGGCGACAGAAGUGUGGGGUCUCAAAUUCAAGAACCCCAUUGGCAUGGCUGCAGGAUUUGACAAGCAAGGGGAGGCGGUAGAAGGGCUGCAUGACAUCGGUUUUGGUUUUGUCGAGGUCGGCUCUGUCACACCGCAGCCUCAGCCGGGGAACUCCAAGCCUCGAGUGUUCAGGCUGACGGAAAAUCAGGCCAUCAUAAACAGAUAUGGUUUCAAUAGUGACGGUCACGAUGAGGUCUACAAGAGAUUGGAAUCGUUGAAACAAAACAAAACUUUCAAUGGAGUUCUGGGGAUUAAUCUGGGAAAAAAUAAAGAAUCGAGUGAUCCAGUUGAUGAUUACGUCAAAGGGAUAAAACUGUUUGGAGAAAUAGCUGACUACUUGGUCAUAAAUAUAUCAAGCCCUAACACUCCAGGGCUCAGAGACUGGCAGCGCAAGGAACAGCUAGAAGAGUUGUUACGUCAGGUGGUUGCUGCACGGAACUCUCUGCCCGGAACACACAAACCUCCGCUACUGGUGAAGCUUGCGCCAGAUCUCACAGCGAAUGAAAAGAAAGACAUUGCCCAAGUGCUUACAAAACCCGAGUGUGCGGUAGAUGGACUUGUUAUCUCCAACACUACAGUAGGGAGGGAUGGCUUGACGGGGCCUUACAAACAGGAGAGCGGUGGCCUGAGCGGGGCCCCUUUAUCUGGGGCCUCUACGGAGCUCAUAGCAGAGAUGUAUUCUGCCACAAAGGGGAAGAUCCCGAUCAUCGGUGUAGGUGGGGUGUUUUCUGGAGAAGAUGCAUACAAUAAGAUCUUGGCCGGAGCGAGUCUUAUCCAGCUGUAUACUGCUUUCAUCUAUCACGGCCCCCCACGGGUGACACGCAUUAAGAAAGAACUGGACGACCUGUUGCAAAAGGAUGGGUUCAAGUCCGUGUCCGAGGCUGUAGGCAAAGGAGUGAAGUAAAGUUACCAGACGCUGCGCACAAGAUUUGUUGUCUUUGUAAUGCUGCUUGAAUGUUAUUGUAAGAUAAUUUCUCAGGUAAAGGAUGAUUGAUAAGGGUCCAUGAACCAAACUGACAAUCAAUAUAUCAAAUGAAUGCUAUGAUUACCCGUUUCUCACCUCAUCCAGAUAGGUGCAAGUAUUUUGAUAUUCACACAUAACGCUGAAUUCGUUAAAUGUAUAUUUUAGGAAAUACUCAAACUUUUUUGUCCCAAUGGCCAAAGGUAAGUUAAUCGCCAACAAUCCUCCUACAAUACAGUUUAACCUUUGUCUAUUGUUGGUAUAGAAUCAAAAUGGACGUACAGUAUUUGAGUAUAGCUACCAAUAGAGUGUGAUGUAAAUUACUGAAUUAUCGAAUACGCAAACUUUUAAACAAAUUCAAACUGAUAGGAUGACUAUCUCAGUGAGACAAAUUCUGUGAAUGUCUCAUAUUCAACCAUGUUUUUUAAAAAGUUUUAAUUGUUCGAGUAGUCGAGAGGUUAUAGCUCAUGCUUUCAAAUCUGAUAGUCACUGCUUUGAUUCCAAGCAAGAUCGCUACCAGAUCCAGAUGACAUUUGUCAUUGAGAUAUCCAUUAAUGAUACUUUCUAUCAACAGGUUGAGGUUAGUAACAAGACCAGGGUUUUUACCGUUCCCUUGAAAAAAAAUCUAUAAAUGCCACCGAUGUUGAUAGACACAAUAACAAAUAAGCUUGAGCUGGCCUAUAUAGAAGGGUUGUCUAACAGAAUUGCUGAUAAUUACCUGAUUUGGUCUACAAUCUUGGAGUCAAGUGUAUAACUACUACAGAUUACACAGGUGCUUUAUGUUCACAACCAUUGUGCAAAAGACUUAACUAUGCUAAGUCUGGUCAACGACUGGGCAGUUACAGUGUCCUCUCUUCCAGGAGACAGCACUAUAGAUCGAGGGUUUGUGUUCCUUCUAGCUCUGGUUUUAUGUCAACUCAUGACUCGAACGGCAAAGCUUUUAUAGGAGAGGCUCGCCUAAAAUAAACAGUGUACUUGAAGGUGGGGAUACUUGAAAAGGGUGAAGAAUGAAAUCUGGUAUAAGCAAUAGAUACAAUUUUAUUCCAACUUAUUGCAAUGGAUCAUGCUUAUCAAUCAUCCUCUCGUGUUGUGUAAUUAAUGUUUAAAAGGAUCUGUUUUUUAAUAAAAAAAUGUUAU